UCCGGCGGUGACGGCCUCCACACGCCAAUAUGCCUCUCGCAAAGGAUCUCCUUCAUCCCUCUCCAGAAGAGGAAAAGAGGAAACACAAGAAGAAGCGCCUGGCGCAGAGCCCCAACUCCUACUUCAUGGACGUGAAAUGCCCAGGAUGCUACAGAAUCACCACGGUGUUUAGCCAUGCACAAACAGUAGUUUUGUGUGUUGGUUGCUCUACUGUCCUCUGCCAGCCUACAGGAGGAAAAGCAAGGCUUACAGAAGGAUGUUCCUUCAGAAGAAAGCAGCACUGAAAGUACCCUGCUUGAAUGAAUGGGAAACCAUCCCAAUAAAGGCAUUUUGGAUAUAAAAAAAAAAAAAAAA